UGUAUUUACUAGAAUGCAUUCUAGUAUAGUUACACUUGUAGUGCUGUAAAUCACCACCAGAUGGUAGCACACAUUGUGUCAUAAAAGUUACAGACGUUUAUAUUCAUACCUUGCUGUCGCUUUCAGUUUCCAAACACUUCCUGUGGCAAGCGGACGUAAUUUUCGAUGAGUUUAAAGGUUCAAAAACGUCUUGCAGCUUCGUUGCUAAAAUGUGGAAAAAAGAGAAUAUGGUUGGAUCCGCUUGAGACUCAAAUCAUUAGUUCGCGUAAUUCCCGUCACGGCAUACGCAAGCUUGUAAAAGACGGAAUAAUUGUUAAGCAGCCCACUAAUGCUAAGUCCCGUUAUCGCAUUAGAAAGAAUACUUUGAGUCUCAAAAAGGGUCGCCACAGUGGUGUUGGCAAACGCAAAGGCAAAAAGAAUGCGCGUACAAAGCCGAAGCAAGCCUGGAUAGAUCGUUUACGUGUUCUGCGCCGCUUACUCCAACGUUAUAGGAGUAACAACAAAAUCGAUAAGCACUUGCAUCGCAAGUUGUAUUUAAAGUGCAAGGGAAAUGCUUUCAAGAACAAGCGUGUACUGAUGGAAUAUAUUUUCAGGAAGAAGAAGCAAACCGCUCACUCUAAAAUGUUGACCGAUCAGGCUGAGGCUAAACGUGCUAAGGGUCGUGAGGCACGUAAGCGUCGUGAGGAGCGCAUAAUCAAGAAAAAACAAGAUUUGAUUAAUUUACAUGCCGAAGAAGAUGCAGUGGAAGCAGCUCGUAACGCUUUAAAUAAAUAAGUAAAUACUUUGUUAUGUGACAUUAAAAAUAAAAUAAAUCUAAAAGGAGCAUUAAUA